CGGAUCCCGUUAUGCUUCCAAUAGGAAAAUGUCAACUUCUCUUGUUUUGGUCCACGAAACAGCUGAUUGUAGUUAGAAUUUUACCGUAACAAUCGUGCUCGUUCAUAUACAGUAAUUUAUUUCGUAACGAAUAUACGUCGGUAGUCGCGGGUUUUUGCUUUAUGAUAACACUUGGCUAGGACAGUCCCGGAGUCGGCCCUUCCGGAUCAUGUUCAACAUUGUCACUUUCCUGAAAAACCUUAUUUACAAUAUGUUAGCAAUAUUUUCUUUCGGGCGGAAAAAACUUUCCAACACCCUGAGUAUUUAUGUGAAAACUAACACCGGAAACACGCUUUCUGUGGAUUUGGAACCGCACAUGGAUAUCAAGGUUGUGAAGGAAAUGGUAGCCCCGCAGCUUGGCCUUAUGCCAGAUGAAUUGAAAAUCAUUUUCGCCGGCAAAGAGCUAUCGGAUACGAUUACGAUAAGCGAAUGCGACUUAGGACAACAAUCGAUAAUCCAUGCGGUUAAAAGUAGACCAAUGCCAGUUAGAAAGCUACCCAAUGGUAGUAAAACACUACUUGAUGUUAAAAUCUCAGAAGAAUCCCCGGAAGAAAUUCCCUCCACUUCGAAACCCCUCUGCGAAACCUUGUCGGAUCUACAGCUGACAGAGGUCAACGAGAAGCAGGAACCAGAUCAAACUAAAGUUAGGCCGAAGGCACACUUUUUCGUGUACUGUUCCCAGUGCGCAAAAGUUUGCACCGGAAAGCUCCGGGUACGUUGUAGUAUAUGCAAGAGCGGAGCGUUCACGGUACAUCGGGAUCCCGCCUGUUGGGACGAUGUGUUAAAAAAGAAACGAAUCACCGGUCAUUGCGAAAAUUUUGAUACACCAUGUGUGGAAAACGAAUUUGGCGAUCCUCCUUUUACAGAAUUCUACUUCAAAUGUGCGGAGCACUCUUCCGGUGGUGAAAAAGAUUUUGCCGGUCCUCUCAAUCUAAUCAAAACCAAUCAUAAGGAUGUUCCUUGUAUUGCAUGCACCGAAACAAGUGACAUAGUUUUGGUGUUUCCCUGCGAAGCAGGACAUGUUUCCUGUUUGGACUGCUUCCGCCAGUAUUGCGUUUCCCGGCUUUUGGAGCGACAGUUUCUCGAACACCCCGCCGGGGGAUACACGCUGCGGUGUCCAGUAGGCUGCGACAAUUCCUACAUCGAAGAUGUACACCACUUUAGAUUACUGUCUAAGGAACAGUAUGAACGAUAUCAAAGAUUCGCAACCGAAGAGUACGUGCUCCGAAACGGAGGAGUUCUAUGUCCUCAACCAGGUUGCGGAAUGGGACUUCUCGUCGAUCCCGAAUGUAGACGUAUCCAAUGCCAAAAUGGUUGCGGCUUCGUAUUUUGCCGGCAAUGCCUGCAAGGAUUCCACAUUGGAGACUGUCUGGAAACACCUCAGCCAAAUGCCGGGACCUCCCUAGAGUACAGCAUCGAUCCGCUGCGUGCUUCCGAGGCGCGAUGGGACGAGGCUUCGAAAAUAGCCAUCAAGGUGACCACCAAACCGUGUCCUCAAUGUCGAACGGCCACCGAACGGGAUGGCGGUUGCAUGCACAUGGUCUGCACCAGAUCCGGUUGUGGCUACGAGUGGUGCUGGGUGUGUCAAACGCCCUGGACUCGGGACUGUAUGGCUGCCCAUUGGUUCGGAUAAUUUGCUUCUAGCACAAAAUUUAUCGUUCGUACAGUUUAUUUACUAUUUAAUUAUACACAUCAAGGAGAUUAUUCGAAAUUAGCGAGUGCGUACAUGAUUUAUUUUUACUAUAAUAUAUUUUGUUACGUAUAGAAAA